CUAUUACACACUGUGUCCACGUGCUUCCGCACAACAGCAGGUCAGCUGAUUCAAUCGGCACGCGGAAACUGUAAAGUCAUUUGAAAAGCGGCAGUAGAUCUCCAAAGUAUCCGGGCUGAAUCCACAGAGCCUUACCUUUUGAUGUGGACAACAGCGCGUCUCUGUCGUGCGCAGGACUUUGGAUAUCAACUCUGACAGCUUACCCGACCGCACAGUCAGCGGGCUGUCACUCUCAGGACAAAGUUAUGGCACAGAACGAGUCGUUAGUCGCGUUGAAUGGAACUCAAAUUUCAUACAUUGGACACGACUGCAUGGACAUUCCAGACUUCCUUGGAGACACAUAUGGCCAUUUUGCAAGAAGGCUGGACCUAAGCUUCAAUCAGCUCAGGUCACUGGCAGGCCUCAAAAUGUUCACUGAGCUGGAAGAGCUGGUCGUCGACAACAAUCUUCUCGGAAAUGACCUCCGGUUUCCCAGGUUACCCAACCUCCACACCCUGACACUCAAUAAGAACCAACUGACUGAUAUCGAGGCCCUGCUGGAACACUUGGCUGAUGUGACCCCGUCACUGGAGUACCUAAGCCUGCUGGGAAACGAGGCCUGCCCCAACCAGCUGGUUAGCCUGGAUAAGGAUGAAGACGACUACCAGAGAUACAGGUACUUUGUUCUGCACAAGCUGCCCCAGUUGAAGUUCCUGGAUACGAGGAAAGUAACCAGAAAAGAAGUGAUGGAAGCACAAGCAAGAGGAGAAUUCAUGAAAGUGGUCAAACCCAAGUCGGAAGCUCAGACAGCUAUCAGGAAGAAAGAGAAGUCACUGUGCACCGCCGAGAGAAGAAAAUAUCCACCAAUUGAGGCUGGAAUCGAGGGUCAGCAGCUGCCCUACACUCCUCUACCCCGAGGAUCAAGAGAUGCCAGAAACCACAAAGGGGUAUUCAGCAAAUGUCGCUACGUCUACUACGGCAAGCACUCAGAAGGAAACAGAUUCAUCCGGAAUGACCAGCUCUGAUGGACAGCUGCGCAGGCAUAAAGAGGGACAUGAAUUAUAAUGGAUGUAAACAGACAGAAAAGGAUCAAAUCUAUCUCUUAUUUAUUAUAACCACUGGUGAUAUUUGAGUCGUUUGAUUUCCCAUUAGAGAAAGAUUAUACUUCUAGUUAUGCCUUUUUUUUUUGUAAGAUUUUAAAGUUUAUUCCGGCCAUUAGAGAAGAUUAUACUUCUAGUUAUGCCUUUUUUUUUUGGUAAGAUUUUAAAGUUUUAUUCCGGCCUCAUAGUUAAAGGCCUCCUCUGCUGUUUUGGGUCUGUCUCUGCCUCACUGCUUCAAGCUCCAAGUCACAGUCAGAGAUGACACUCUCACUGACAUGACUGCCUCCAAGCAACAGCAGCCGCACAACUCCAGACAUGCACUAAACACACAUACAGACACACACAUAGGGACUGACUCUCUCUCUCUCUCUCUCUCCUCUCUCUCUCUCUCUCUCUCUCUCUCUCUCUCUCCCUCUCCUUCUCUUACACAUGGUCAGUGAAAAACAGACCCGGCCAAUUGCAUCCUUUUCUUUGACAGCCAUGAUGGAUCACCUGUCCACUACCGCCACUAAUCAAGGGUGAAAGGGGUGACGGUCACACACCUGGGGCCUGACACGGUCUCAUCUCUCUUAUUCUCUCUCUCUCUCUCUCUCUCGCUCUCUCUCUCUCUCUCUCUCUCUCUCUCUCUCUCUCUCUCUCUCCCUCUCUCUCUCUCUCUUUUCUACACACACACACAAUCUUCCACACAUAACUGCUGUUGAUAAUAUUAAGACGUCACAGAGACAGGAGCUUUAGACAGCCUAGUAAGACAUUCCUAAGAUCUUUGGUCAAAACGUGGGGCAUCCUCAGUGUGUGUUUUGUCAUUUGUGGCAGAGUGCAGAAUCCUCCUUUUGUUUGACUGAGUUUUAUUGAAUGAAUACAUGUGUAAAUAUGUAAGCAUGUGUUAUUUUCUGAAAGAGAUAUAUUGAAUGCAGUUUUUAAGUUUAACCAUUCCAAUAUGAGCUUUAAGGAAGAACAGAGUGGUAGUGAAGUGUGUGGUAGAUAAAUAUGUAUAAUGCUGAGAUUUUUUUCACGUUUGUACCUUUCAGCCUUCAGCUUCCUCCUCAGCUGCAUCAAAUGCAUAUUUUAAAUUACAAAUGAGACAGUUUCUCCAGAUAUGAUACACUGUAUUAUUUUUAAAUGCUUAUAUUUGUUCAUACUUUUAUAAUCAUCAUGGUUUUAAGUUUUGUAAUUAUUUGUAAUGCCCUAUCUAAAAAUAACCAUGGUUUUGUAAUGUCAAUUUUUGUAUUUUAUCUCAAGCUUUCCAGGCGACAUACCAAUCUGAAAUUAUAACAAAUGAAUGACGUAAUAAAUCUGACACAAACUUGUAAUAGCUGAAUGCCUUCAGGUGAUUAAAAGGGUUAAAUAAAAUGUGUCUCUUGUUAAAUUAA